AUGGAUCGAUUAACUGAUCUUCCGCAUAUUGCAAACAGUGGAUAUCACGUGCCUCCUGAAGUUUUAGGAGUUCCUGAUCAAGAGGAACCAGAAUCCGCAGACUCUGAAUCACGCCCGCAGAGUUAUUUUGCAGACGUCAAUGCAAGUGCAAGAAGACGGACCAACAGGGCUAUCCGAGGAACAAAAUCAAAGGCAGCCAUAGCAGCAGCCAUUCGGGCAGCGUCCCAAAAGAUGGCAGCUUUAGACUAUUCUAUAUUUGCCUUGAUGACUUACAAGAGUAUGGAAGUCAUAUUUGCAUCAACAUCGAGCGGAAGCAUUGUCGGCGUGUGUUCACGAACACACCUUGUUUUUCAGACUCUUAGUCCAGCCUCGGGGUCGCAAGUGGUUUCAAUCUCGGGCAAUUCUGAGUCAGGGAUGCUGGUAGUGGCACACGAAAAUGGUCUGAUUCAAACAUAUCGACCAUUACCAAAUGAGUCGCACGGUUUUGGAAGUGGAGCUCGCAAUGAAAUUCCAUGUUCAACAUUUGGAAGAUACAGGUGGGUGGACGAGUGCACGAUCGAUGGAGGCAAAGUUUUCUACCACCAAGGAGAAGAGGUUCGUUUUGCUGAUAGGAGAGGAGCUCAACCUGGGCAACUUUUGGAUAUUUCGACUUCGAAUAUCAAUCGUCUCUUGAUUGCACACCGAAAACAAUUGGCCUUAUUCGAGGUAAUGCCCAUCUUGGAGUCAGCAAAAGAUUCGGAAUCGGCUGAAUCCUCUGGGUGUGCAACGCUGCUGUGGACUGCAGUUCUGCCAUCAAAUGUGGUGACAGCGAAGAUAUCUGGAGACGCUGACGCUAUUGUUGCAGUGCUUGAUGUUCCCAAUGAACAUGGAAAAGUAGGUGCACUGACAUUUAUUCGAGACAAAGAUGACGGUAGCCAACAAAAACCUAUAGACCAAGCUAAGCUGAGACGCAGCUCUUCCCUUGGAUUAAUCUACAAACAAGGGCCGUUUCUUGAGCAUUCUGCACCAGUGUCACGAAUAUCCUUCAGAGGUUUGGGAAGGGAAACUUCCACUGAGCUUGACUCCAGCAGACAGCAAGGGAACGACUUACUGCUGACAUAUUGCAAAGAAGAUUCUUCAAAUCGAAUAUUCAACCAGAACAGUUGGCAGCAGCUCAUGUUUUGGUCUGCGCCUCCUAACAGUCGCGCUGACUGGAUUCGUGGUACUUCAGCCUUUAGCUUGGGAGAUCUGGAAUCUCAAAAGAAAAUCAAGAAUAAACGGUUGCACUCUCGGAGAUCGAGCGAGUCAUCUGUUGCGGAUUCAUCUGUUACGGGAGCUGCAGCGGGGCUGAAAAAUUCUGGGUCGUUGGGCCUGGGAGCUCCAACAACGUCGGCGGGGGCAUGGAUCGCCGAAUUGACAUUCCGUAGCGCAUUUCCAGCACUACGACUCUCACGUCUAAGUUACAUGAAGCGAGGGAACGACGAUUCACAGCCAGCUCAUUUUGAAAGUGUUGCUGCAGUCCUACCUGCAGGGUCAAUCGUUGCAGACAGUAUUCUUCAGUCGGAUGACAUGGGACUUUUGAUACAAGGUGUUUGGCCUGCGUGGAACCCGUGUUUGUCUGAGUCGACAGGUCAUGUGUCUGAUGAUACAUUGACUGGUUCAGCAAUGGAGUUUUUGGGUUUAUCGUCUAUACCUCCCCCUACAAAUGCAUUUGGAGAUUCUCGUCUUGGGGGCUCCCUGACUCCUCCAACAGAAUUGAGGUUGGUGGCUACGCACCCGGAAACAGGCAAUAUAGUAGUAAUGGAAUUCCCUUUGUGGGGGGACGAAGAGUUCGGUGCAAUGGAGUUGGGCAGCCCCAUUAGAAACGUCUUGGCGUUGUCAUAUGCAACAACGCCUCAUUCCAUCGAGGCAGGAAGGCAGCAUUUAUCUUGGGUUUCGAUCGAAUACGAAUCGAGCCGUCUGAGUGCUCGGGUGGAAACAGAUUCAAAUCGAAUAUCUUUCCUUUGGCGGAAACACGGAUCCUUGUCGCUGUACUCUCCAGACUGGAGAGAAGAUGAGGAUAUAGCACCAGCCAUGGGAAGAGCAUCGCCCACGCCUACGGCGGAGCUUCUCCAUGACACAAGUGUGAUGCCUGCUCCAUUGCUGCUUCCGUCUUUGUAUCUACCAAUAAACGUUACAAGAAAAGAUCCAAACAAGAUAGUGGCCUUGAUGUGGCUACCUGAUUCGAAUGUUGGAGGUCCACCCCUACUUCUCGCAUUGACAACUUCUGCCACUCUUUUAGUAUUCGAAAUCGCUCCGCCAUGGUGUGUCACCGAACCAACGAUGCCCAACUAUGACCCUUUCAACUCAACGCUACACGGUGAUAGCACCAAUUAUCGUGAAACAAAUCAGUUUGCGUCGAACGAGGAUGAAGAGAGAGACCUAGAACAUCGAAGUGAGGAAUAUGCUGUGAAUGUCACACCACACCCAGACUUUGGCCUUGGCUUGCGACUGGAGUCUCCCAUGGAUGGGACACCAGCUGUUGCGGGGUCCUUUAAAAAGCAUCCCCUCAACGGCGGUAUGCUACCCGCUGAGAAAACAAAUAUGAUAGUUCUUGGUGACGAGCUGGUUAGUGUCAAUGGAGUUUCAUUAGAGAACAUGACAUUCGAUGAUAUUAUUUCAACAGUGCGUCACGUUGGUGCCAAAAGCGGCCCUGGGGAGGCACUUGCUCUCAGAUUCAGACCGGCGCCAUUAGGGAGGAGCAAAGGAAAUAGCGUUGCUCUCCAAGAGUCCUUCAACGCGCAGGCUAUGGAUUUUGGCAUGCAGCGACCAACUAAGGAAAAACAAUCACAGAGUCGACAUCCAAAUGAUCACGAGAAUGAAGCCAGUGAGAGUUUGGGAAACCUUCUUCUCGACGAUUCCUUGGAAGAUCAGCAAGAAUUCGGUCGUUUGGUAGGUGUUGCCAUUGAUGCAAUACCAUCUUUUAGCGAAACAAGUAUUUCAGAACGAUUUACACUUGUUCCGUGGGAGAAGAAAUGGUUUCCUCGCAAUCAAAGUUCGCCCGGGGAUGCAGCUCUUGUGUUGCUCGCGGAGGGGAGGAAGCUUUUUGCUCGAAAACUUCAGGUGUCUAGAGAAAGUGGCCAAGUUGAUGCCAUAGUUGUCGACUUGGGAUCAUUUGAAGUGUUGAUCAAUGAGAAAUGUCAUGGCUCCCUUGUGUCGAUAAGAUUCAUCGAAAAUUUCGGAAAUAGCUUAUCUUUCCUUUUGCUGGAUGCAGAUGGUGUUGCAAGAAUUGUCGUGCUACUAUUCCGCUCGGAUUGUUCGGCUAACCCAGAUUUUAAAGUUUUCAAUGCAUUCUCGCUCCAAGACAGAGCAGUUGUACGCCCCGCUUCAAUGAGCCUGUUUGCUUCCUUUCAACAUCACACAAAAAAGCCAUCGCAGACAAUCACAGUCUGGUCAGCGAGACCGGAUCCUUCAUGUCGAGAACUCAUUUCGGAAGUCGCAGUCAGGGACGAAUACUAUGGAAAAGAUUAUAUCCCCACAAGGAUCGAUGUUGAAUCUUCUCAUUGGAAUUCGAGCAUCAGAGACAUUGCAUUCCUCAAAACUGGGUAUUUAGACCACUUCCCAACUCUGGUAGUAUUCAUGGAGUCAGAGGCAAUCGUCUAUCAGCGCAGAGGUCAAAACCUGAAAUGGCAUCCUCGUAUUCGACUGACGUACCCUGCGGUACCAGACUCUGGUUUGAAAGCGUUUCGCGUCAGAAAUACUGAACUUCCGGAAAACUGUGUGCCAUCCAACGCAUUCCCAAACAUACUGCAGACGCUGCAUUCGGCUCUGCGUUCGAACGACGAGACCACUGCCUACGUCUCUGAUUGGCACCCUGAGUCUCUUCUCGCAUAUCUGUUCACAGACUGGAGAGGCGCAAAUGUGGCCUGGAGAGCACAUGUCAGAAAACUACUAGUUUGGUUGUCUGACGGGACUGUGGGCACAGCAGGCGAUAGGCUGCAAACUGCUAUGUCUCCAGUGGGUGUACCUCCCUUCCAAGCCUCCGGCGGUGAAAGUCUAUUCGAUAAUAAUCCUAACCAGUCAAAUGACAACCGUCGCAAGGAAGAUACGGCUUCUCUUAUAGUGUCCUUGGCAGGUGCUCGAGUGACUGACAAAGAACCAGAAGAUGAAAAACUUGAAAAGUUACAGGUCAUACUCCAGGAAUGGAAGGGUUCCCAACGCAAUGUAGCGGUCAUGGGUAAGAGUCGAGAGUUUAGAGAAGCGAUGUUGCAAGAGAAAAGCAAUGCAGAGGAUGAUUUAUUUCCUCAAGCACUGGAAGCCUUACGUACGAAUGAAGUACGAGCACUAUGGACCAUUAUAGAUGUCGCCUUGAAACUUCCUAAUUAUCGCCUGAUUGACCCGGAAGGACAAAUGGCGAUGACAGUCAUUUCUCUUCAUGCUUCGAUGAAAAUGAAUCCUAUCAAGGAUCCAAAAUCGCAAGCUGUAAAUAAAGAAGGUGGGAACAAAAAAAUGUCGUCGUUUUACGAAAAGAAAAGUUCUCUUGACCCAAACAAGAAUGAGACAGCUAUGCCACCGCGCAUCGCUGCUGCUGGGUGCCUUUCCGCACUUCUGAGCCAUUAUCAAGAUCACUUGGUUGCUUCGAUUCGCCAGCCUGGGAUGAAGCUCGAUUGGUCAAUCGCUAGGGAAGCGAGACUUGCUUUCUGGCUUCGUUCUGACAAAGCUCUACGUGAAAUUUCCGAGGAGAUCGGACAAAACCUUUACCGCGAAUCGCGAGAUAUACUGAAGUCGGCUCUGUUUUUCAUACUCGCUGGGAAGAGACGCACUCUACGAAACUUGGCUGCCGCAGACAACACUGACAGUGGGAGGAAGUUCUAUAAGUUUUUGUCUGAUUACGAUUUCUCAAGCCCAAGAGGACGGUCUGCGGCCGAAAAAAAUGCUUUCAGUUUGUUGCGAAAGAAUCGCUACGAAUGUGCAGCUGCAUUCUUUCUUUUGCCAGAUCCGCCCAUUUUGAAGUCGGCUGUGGAAAUUAUUGCCACGAAGAUGCGAGAUUUGGAUCUAGCUUUUAUGGUCGCUAGAUUAUUGGGCAAUGCGAAAGAAUCGAUCACAGGAACAGUUGGACUUAGUGGCGCGACAAGUGGGUAUUCUAGUGCUAUCGCCAUUGGUGGCGGAGGAGGGUACGCAGGAUCCGGUUUUGUAGACUCGUCAGAUUGCAAGAAAGAUGAAACGAGCUUUAGUGAUUGGGGACCUGAGCUUUCACAGGUUGCUAAAGACUUGCUGAUCGAUCGAGGCCUCCCUCAAGCAUACAAUGAUUCCUGUUUUUCUGCAGUUCAACUAAUGUGGCUAGGUCGAAACGACGAGGCUUCGCACUGGCUAUCUGGUUUCAUAAGGAGCCAAGAUGGACUCCUGCCAUGUUUUGCUCGUGACAUCUGCAUCACUCGUCUAGAUGAAAUGGAUUCCAGGAGAGGCUUCAAUGAUUCACUGCUGGCAAUGAAUGGAUUCAUAGAUUUCAUUUCAGGACCACUUCUCUUGAAAAUGAUGCAGUCGAGCAAACGAACACGACUGGCUUCAACUCUAUUAGUUACAACCAGUCUAUCGCGAUUGGGCAUUGAAUUACCUUGCCUUCGUUUGAUUUUGCAAAGCUUCGACCACACAGCAUUUCGAGAAGAGGAUGGAAAGCUUUCGAUGAGCAAUAAAGGAGCUGAAUACGACAAACGGGAUGUGCAACACGAAUCGGAAACUGUUCCACCAGCGAGUACCAAACAUAUGAAUGGAAUACAAAGGCAAACGGGAACUUCCAUUUUCGAUUCUUUUUCUACAGCUCCUACAAAAGAGCUUCAGACAAGCGUCAAUGACAGCCAAAUGCAGUCAUCCAUCUUUAAUUCAUUCGAAGCAGCUCCGGCAAAGAAAACCCUACCUUCGACCAGUGAUGGUCAGAUGCAGUCAUCCAUCUUUGAUUCAUUCGAAGCAGCUCCGGCAAAGAAAACUCUACCUUCGACCAGUGAUGGUCAGAUGCAGUCAUCCAUCUUUGAUUCAUUUGAAGCAGCUCCGGCAAAGAAAACUCUUCCUUCGACCAGUGAUGGUCAGAUGCAGUCAUCCAUCUUUGAUUCAUUUGAAGCAGCUCCGGCAAAGAAAACUCUUCCUUCGACCAGUGAUGGUCAGAUGCAGUCAUCCAUCUUUGAUUCAUUUGAAGCAGCUCCGGCAAAGAGAACUCUUCCUUCGAUCAGUGAUGGUCAGAUGCAGUCAUCCAUCUUUGAUUCAUUUGAAGCAGCUCCGGCAAAGAAAACUCUACCUUCAACCAGUGAUGGUCAGAUGCAGUCAUCCAUCUUUGAUUCAUUUGAAGCAGCUCCGGCAAAGAAAACUCUACCUUCAACCAAUACGCCCACACAACAGACUUUGACCAAGGCUUCACAGUUGCAGUCGUCGAUCAGCGAUGCUUCGACAGCCGAUUCAAAUGGGCCCGAUCGCCCCGAAGGGAGGAAGCAAAAAAUAUUUCGACAACCUCCCAUGCUAUGGCUUGAGUGGGGUCAGAAGUUUCUAUUGGAUAUUUCUGCUCGAAGGUUGAUCAGAGACGUGAUUACCAUAGGCACUCGCUUCGGUGGUGAUAUAUUUCAUCCGAGACUGACGCCAACAAGCAGAGAUUCUUUCGUUCCAACAAACGCAUCUCGGAUGCUUCAGCUCCACUGUGAUGGUGCAAGUCUUUUGCAAGAAAUUGUUGAUUGCGUGCAGCAUGUGUCGAAUAUGUGCAAGCUCGGGAAUGACGUAGUCGUGAACAGGGCCGUGCAACUGCUUUGGUCACCGAACCAUUUUUAUCGAUGCUGUUUUGUUGUUUUGCUGAAUCUUGCAGUACAACAACUUGAUUUUGCUGAGGACGUCGUUCGAAUUACUUCAGUAACGCUAAUACAGCACUGUGGUACGGUUUCGUUGUUGAAUGACGGUCUAACACAAAACCGCAAAUCGAUUUCUCAUUCGACGACUCUUUGUCUCCGACGACAUGUUACGAAUUUGAGCUGGCAACUUGAACUUUGCUUGUGGUUACAUCGUGGGGGCGCUCUACCACUGUCAGGGAUUGUGUUGAACGAAGCCAUAUGUGCGAUAAGACUUGGCCUUGUUAUUGCCAGCUGGAAUCAAGAUUUUGAAUGUUUGGAAGCACUGCUGGAACAGCCGCCUGACUGUUUAGUAGACGAUGAUGCAGGUCGCCAAUUGUGGAGUAGUCUCAAGAUUAUCACGAGCUCAUCGCUUGGGGAGAGGCGGCAAAGCGGGUUCGGCACUCCGAGUGGAGGGUGGGAGUUUCUCGUUGAUUGUACCCGUCAAGACGCGACCGACUUGCUCAGAUCGAGAGAAACAGGUUGCUUCAUUAUUCGUCCACACCCGGACGACCAUGGAGUUUUCACAUUGAGUUUCAAGACAAACUUAGUACCCGACAAUCAAAACAAAACAGAAAGAGCGACGAUCAGGACCGAUAUAUCCACCCCAACGUCGACACAAACGAAAUCGCCAUCAAAGUCUGUUAGGCGUGACGAUGUUGUACAGCACGCUAUAGUUCGACUCUCGGACUCUGGCUUUCGCUGUGGUUCGUUUGGACCUUUUGCCACAUUGAUGAAGCUGCUAGAAGCAGUCUCAGCAUCCUUACCGUUUGACCUUCGAUUCGACCAACCUCCGAAUCAAGGUUUGAUCAGAGAAGAGGGAAGCAAGCCAUCUCCAAAUUGCGCUCUAUACCGAAAGCUAGGGCUUCUUCAGGCCAAGAGGAUUUCGACGGUUCAUCAUACAGACGACUCGUUCCUGGUUACUGAACCCAAAGUGAUAAUCUCCAAUAAUAUGGAUAUUCCAGAACUCUCGGGUCAGGAAAAUAACAGACUGAAGCGGUUUGGGAUGUUUCUCGAGUUGCUGUUGGUAUCAGCGCUGCGUAAGCAACUUGGAGGAGUAGCAGCGGCCCGUUAUGAUAAAACCAAUCUGGCUUUGGAUGACGAUUAUGUCGAGAUUGAAUCGGUUGGAAGCAAUUCGGGUACCUCUGGCGGUAUCGGUGCUGAACAAGAGUAUGCAUGCUCUGCUAGAGUAUUGAGACCGCUAUUGAGUUGGUGUCGCGUACUGGAGAUUGCCGUUGUUCGGGGUAUUGAAGUAUCAACAAACAAAACUGCAGACAUGCUGGUCACAGGAGAUUCCGCCAUCAAGAAAAUGAUCCAACCUGGAUCAGGAGUGGACUUUCGAACACUUAGGUUGGGUGAUGGGGGUGAUAGUGCUCUUGUCGUACUGUUUGAAAAGCAAGAAGCUGUAAACUGGUUCCUAAGCGUCGGGCGUGAAAAGACCAAAGAGGACGCACUCCGACGCCUACAGAACAUGGAGGCGUCUCGUGUUAUCGAAGCAAUUAAUUUACACCUUUUGCUGCCUAAGGGACGUCCGCAGCCAGCAGCGGAAGGCGGCGACCAGGACGGCGAAGUGGGUAGUGAGGAGGCUGGGAUUCACUACAGAUUGAUUGAUCCAUGGGAAGUUGAGCCUUUGUAUAGUCGGGAAGACGAGACUAGAAGUGCAUCUCUGGGCCGCAACCGAUUCCUUACAUUCAGCCUGCGGAAAAUCCAGGAAUCUUUCGAAAAUAUGUUCCGGUCAACCGGAGGUGUAAAUUUACUUGAAUUGUGGGCAAGAGCUAAGGGUAACAUAGCUCUAACAAAGACGAUUGCAACGGUGCAGCCUCCUUGGGAACGUGCGGCGGGCGGAGACCUGCAACUCCAUGAUGGUAUGGUUUCUGAGCCAGACCCCUACGAGAACAGCAUCCGAGUGCACCUAUACAGAAAUGCACUGUACCGGCAAUUGAAACUUCCCCAAAGAUUUAUUGCAUUGAUCCAGGUCGAAUUGUUGGACUUGAAGAAUCUAACUUCUCCUGGUGGAUCUUUGACGCUGACAGUUUAUUCUCUGUUGCGAGUGAAACGCUCUCGUUCGAGCUCGCCAUUAACGAAUAAGGCAAGAACUUUGGACAGUAUUGCUACGAGCCCAGUUAAGCUGGGUAAGUCGACAGGGCCAAAUGCACCUGCCUCCUGGGGCAGUGUUGUCAGAUUCAGAUUUCCAUUACCGGAGGACACAAACAUUGAAGGACGUAGCUUCGAUGCUGAUAGAGAAUCGCUUUUCAGAGGGCCGCCCACUGUACUGCAGCUUUCAGUAUACGAGAAGAAAUUCAUGAGCGACGCUUUACUUGGUAGUGCCGAUGUCAAAUUAGACGGUCUGAGCUCAGGCGGACAGCUUGAAGAGUGGCUUCCGCUUCGCAUGGGAAACGAUGGAAUAAAUUGGUUUGCACGCAUAAGAUUGACUCUGCGCUUUGAGUUAAUGUGCCUAUCAAAGGAUGCAAAUGACGACGGCGAAUUCGCCGAGAGCGCUUGUAUCCGGCGCAUCUACCAGCUGGGAAACAACGGGGGUGCGACAGCAAAAAUGAAAAAUAGCUCCAGUACCCCGGAUCUAUUGAGCUAUCUUGAGAGCAUAGUUUACUGA